AUGCGCUUCUCACUUAUGAUCCUCACUGUUCUCCCUACCCUCCUAAUUUCACCUCCGACAUUCGCCCUUCCGAACCCUCCAACCCCCAACCAACUCCUCCCCCGCACUACGGAUACAAUCACCGUCAUCACUUCUCUCGUUGGCGUCGGCUUGAAAGGUAUCAACCUAGAUAAAGCCGUCCGGUCCUUUACCCCAGACGGUGUAAACGAGAUCCGAGCCCGCUCACUGGAUUUGGAGCAUAGCCUUGACCAGGCGCAAUCAACCGCUAAAUCGGUCGAGAAACUUGACGCUCUCAGCAGUAACAUAAUUGCUGGGAUCUGUACACCACUGAAGCCUCUUUUUUCAGAUCUGCUUAAAGCCAUCAGUGACAAGGUACACCCCCUUCCCCCUAGAUGGAUCGCCAGUGGUGGGGAUAGUAUUGACGCCGUGCAGAGAAGCGAGUUCUUUGCGGCCAAAUAUGGUGAUGAUAUGCUGAAGACUCUGAUCAGUCUGAGGAUCCGGAGUCGGGCGCUGGCAUUGACGGUAAAGUUUAUCACGAUGGAGCUUGAUGGGGCGUAUAUUCUUUUCCUGGAGGAUCUGGUGGAUAAGCAGUAUGAGUUGGUGAUUGAGGAGUAUAAGAAGAACAAGGGUGACGACGGUGACGAUGAUAAAGAAGGCGAGUCGGUUUGA